AUGCCUGUACCAAUUGGAAACCAAGUAUCACCGUCGGUCUUACUUCCUUUCCCUCCACUUACAGAACAACACAUUCUUAAUUGUGUAUUUUCGUCCUGGUAUAACAAUUUUCGACGUGUCACUUUAAAAUCCAAAAUAAUUAAGCCUCUACCAGAAGAAUUCAUCGAAUACUUACAUGCUGAUGGAGUAUUUCUUCCUGAACAAAAUUAUAUUGGAGGAAAUCAUUUACGAGAACAACCACUUCCAAGUUUUCCAGAAUUGGAACAACAGAUUUGGGAUACGAUUGACGAAUUUGAUGGAGCAGUUUUUCCAAAACUCAAUUGGAGCUCUCCGAGGGAUGCCACAUGGAUUUCAGCUACCAACACACUUAAAUGUAAUUCUCCAUCUGACAUAUUUCUUCUCCUCAAAUCAUCCGAUUUCGUUGCCCAUGAUCUUGAUCAUGCAUUUGAUGAUUGUCAUUACAACCAUCAAGAUGCUCCGAGAAGGCAUCGACCAAAUGUAUUUGAAUUGGUGUUGAAAAAGUGGUACGACGUAGCACCUUCUAUGGAAUUUAGAUGUUUUGUAAAAGAAGAAGAGUUAGUUGAUGUUUUUGAUGUAUAUGUGACACGGAAUAGAGAAAGAGUUUGGUUGAUUGAUUUCAAUCCUUAUGGACCUAUGACAGAUAGUCUUAUGUAUACGUGGGAAGAAAUUUUGACAGCAACUGGACCACCAUCAUUUCGACUGAUCACCUCUCAAACUGAGUCUAGUCAAUCACGUAGUCAACCAUUCGCUGUUAAUCGUUAUCCACGAGAGAUUUUUGAUUUAUCACAAGGUCAAUCUAUUGCCGAAUUUGCUGAACAAUUCCAACGUGAAUUAGCGAUCGCUACUGUUGGCAGCGAUGGAGAAGAAAAUGAAAAUGAAAACAAUAUUAUUAAUAAUGUCAACCAACAUCCCCAGUCAUAA